CCUGUAUUCAGGAGAAAAAUAUUAAAUUGACUAUUCUUUUGAUGAAAAUAAAUAAGAUUUUGAGUAUAUUUUUUGUUUGAUAGGAAACUCCAAAAACACCAGAGGAAUCCACAGGGGAAUAAUGAUGUUCCAGAUUCCAAUGGGCAACCACAAUUAAAUCCAAGUACAAGUACAAUGAUUGCGGGGGAAUAUAUUGAAAAUUUCCCAAUCUCUAAGGAACAACAUCAAUCAUCAAAAUGCCAUAAUCUGACAGAAGCAUUUUCAUCUGAUAGAUGUUUACAAAAACAGGUUGCAUUUAAAGACGGCAGCAUAUCACAAGAUGCUGAAAAUACAUCAGAAAACGUAUACAGUCACCUCAACAUGGACGCUAUGUCCUACAACACGUUAAAUCACACAUCCGAAUCAGAAAAGGCGCCAGUUAUAGGAAUGUAUUCGACAUCUUCGCAGGAAGUGACUUCCACAGAGAAUAUUUCUGACAAAAAAGAAACAAAAUGUGCAAGAAGACAAAGUUUUCAUCACCCUGAAGUUGUCUUAUCAAAGGGAGAUGACAAUUCCAUGACGAAAGGUGAUAGGGAACCAAUUAACAAUAUAACUAUGAAAAAUACCUCUGAAGCUGCAAAAUCAAACAUCCAAAACUCAGAAAAGUUUUCAACCUCUUUGACUAAAAAAGUAAGAACUCCAUCAAAAAGGGAAAAACUAGAGAAGAAAAUGCAUGUGGAUGAAAUGUCCAAGAUGCUUGAAGACUUUAAGCCAAAAACUGAAGAACUAGAAAACAAUAAUUCAAAGGCAAGCGUACUUCACAGAUCAUCGAAAAAGAAAAGGAAACUGUUAAGGUACAGUUUCGCGCCUUCUACAGAAAUAGCUUGAUUGAUUUAAACAAGAAAUAAAUUAUUUUAUCCUUAAAAUAAUGCAUAAUAUUUAAAA